AAAAAAAAAAAAAAAAAAAAACGAAACCAAAACAAAACAAACACAAUUUUCACUAAUAUUGACAGUAUUUCCAAUCCUCUACCAUGGAGUUCAUUGACUUCGGAGAGCCUGAAGCCCAAAAGCCCGGUCGCAAGUUCAAAGACCUCCAAAGCCGAUCCAUUGCUCACAUCAACCAUUCGUCCAACAAAUCGAAACCGCGUCACUCCGAUCGCAAGAAAAAGGAGGUUCUGAUGUGGCUAGCCCUAACUUCAAUACCCUUACAAGAGUCCUUGGUGCGUCCUGGGCUGGUCAAGCCUACGGGCAGGAUGAAGGACGACGGCCUAAGCCCAGUAGAGCCGGGGUUCCGUCGGCCUACGUACAAAGAAGCCGGUGACUUUUUUAAAAUCUCGCCGAAUACAAUCCAGGGCUGGUGGCAGCGCAGAGAGCAGAUACUGCAUGGCCCCAAGAAAAAGACAAAGCCUAAAGCGAAACCAAAAACCACACGACAGAAAUAGUGAUAUUGGGAUAUAUUAGUUAGGUAAG